UAGGAGCUGCAGGGCAGGCGAUAUUUUUGGCCCAGGUCACAGAUCGAUUCCUGCCCACUCUUUCCCUGCCACUUGCAGGGAAGGGUCCCCAACCGAGGAUGUAGAGACGAGCUUUUAAAGCUGUGGAGCGGGAGCACAGCGCUGCAGCCUCUCAUUCACCAGGGCUCUAAAAGUCGCAAGAAAACCGCACCUGAAAUGAUCUUAAAGGAACGAUGACCUGUUAAUUUUGUAAACCAAACCGAGUAACACGAUGCACCCAACAUGCAAGUGAUUGCAGAUGGAAACAAAUCACACAUCAGAGAUGACAAUGCUGAUAACAGUAUCAUCCUCCAUCCAGCCUGCUCCCAUCCACCACCAUCUUUCUCCCCCUCCCACCCUACCAAAGCCUCGGAAGGACAACUUGCGGCUCCAGCGGUUGCUGAAGAAGGCAGCCAAGAAAAACGCUGUCCUAGCUUCAGAGCAAGCCAAGCCCUUUCGGUCCAGCCUCUCACCCGUGAACGAGGCCAGCUCUGACCUAGAGCACAAUGAAAGCACUCCCCCAGCAGAGACCCCCGAAAUCGCAGCACCCUCCUCUGCCAACCUCCCAACCCACCUCUCCAUCAAGCCCAUCACCCACCACGUCCCCUCCCCUUUCCGAAAGGGCAAGCCUUUCACGCUGAAGGUCACUGAGCAGAGGCGCAUUGCCGAACACCUCAGGCUCACAACCUCCUCAGCCAUGCCCAUGCUACACAAGCCAGUUGCUCCUGAGACUCCACAGCAGCCUGAAGGCAUGGACACCCACGUUCCCUCUCCAGGCAACCUUUCCAUAAGUGUUUUCCCCAAGCCUCCUCCUUCCAGUACACCCAGUAAAGAAAGGGCACCAGAGGUUACCUAUGUCACCAAGGUGCACACUUAUUUCCACAGUGUCAAGCCACCCAGGGCUAAGACGCCCACGUCAAAUCAGACCCAAGCAACCAUCAGCCAUGACGACAGAAGGCCUUCUUCUCCAGCAGCUGAAACAAGCCACUCUGAACCAUCUCCAGGGCAGAUACCCACCCUGUCUGAUGAUAGCAAGGACACAGCUCCCACACUGCAGCCUCCUCUCCUUUCUGCUGCAGAUGCAGAGCCCCCUAAGGAGCCCGAGCCUGCUCCUACUGAAGAGUCCAUCAAGGCCCCUUCACCCAAGCCCAGCAUCUCCAAUGCCCAUGCCAAUAAGCCUACGAUCCAUGGAAAUGACAUGGAAAUAUCUGGAUCAGAAAGAACUCCUGAAUUACCCAAGCAAGAUGGCGACAUCCUCACACCAUCAAUACCUAGCACUCCUUGGAAGCAAGCACACCCAGAGACAGCAACCCCAGCACAAGCUGACAGUAUGGGGGCCACCUCCACAGACACCAAGGCAGAACAUGUCAUUCAACCUCAACUGACCCCCAGCUUACCAAACACCAGCGCUCUCAAAGCUGAGCCAGCAGUACCAUCAGUAGAAGCAGCAAGACCUCCUGGGGCCAAUGCUAGUGGCUGGCAUCGCCUCAGGAAGCACUUGAUAGUGCAACCAGAAGCAUCCAACUUCCCAGAGCCCGAGCCUGAAAAACUGGGACAGGAGGAAGGGAGCAAGGAGAAGGACAGCUCUCAAGCAGCCAUCAGUCAAGAGCACAGGCUGUUUAAAUCAAGGGCCACAAGAAUGUGGGAUGCUAUUUUAUACCAGAUGACAGUCAAAGAAAGGAAGCAGCAAGCAGAAGAGAAGAAGCUGCGGAAGGAAGAAAGCUUCUUUCUUCCCCGCCGCUUACCCCUCCUUCUACAUAAGCCACGCUUUGACGCCCGGAAACUGAAGGAGCUGGCUGCCAAACCCAUGACAAAGAUCACCACUGUGUUUGAGGUGGCCCGGUUUAGACCCGAAGUGGCUGAGGAGCACACCAAGAGCUUUAACAGAAUGGCAUCAGGAUGGUCAGUCAACUGAAGCCAGGCCGCUCCACCAGGCCCACAUCUCUGGAGGUUUCUGCAGGGCACCAAGGAAAAGAACACCUAUGUCUAGGUUAGCUGCCUGACAGACCCAAGUGCAAGGAAAAAAAAUAAAAUUAAGUAAAACCCCU